AUGUUGGAAGUAAAUUUAGUUGGAAUUUCUUUUACUGGUAAUCCGGAAGAGUAUUUCUCAUCUGAGAGUCAUUUACAUGUCGCAUGCGGUUACGUUGGGUUCCUCACGGUUCUUGCGAAUUACCCUGACAGACCAUGGAUGAAGAGGGUUCGAACCUGGCGUGGGCUUGCAAAACGUGAUGCAUCUUUCGAAGUGUUUUGGGCAUUCCUGCCACGGGAGUAUGGCUUUCAUGGUCUGUUUCUCCUGUCCAAGGAUUGCCAACAGUUGGUGAUGGGGAUUCCGUUACUGGUGAAUACUGAGAUUCUGCACAUGAUUCCGCAUCUUGGAGCUUCUUGUGGUGACAUUAGUAGUGGAUUUGUCCUCUUAGCGAGCGUUUUUGUGUCGAAUCGCGGAGUGAAGGGUCAAGAAGAAGAGGGGAUGAUACCGGGGGAGGAGCGGUACCAAUGCAGCAAGGAGAGCGAGUGGGUCGGAUUCGUCGCCGAUCUCAGCAUGCUGCAGCAUCAGCUCCGCGGAACGGUCGAGAUCCUAGACGAUUGCUCGUUCAAAGUGACGCGGUUUGACAUGUUGCCAGGGAAGGACGUGUACUGGUGGGGGGCAGCGUCCGCGUCCCUCACCGACCUGCUGCACGGCUUCCCUGUCUCGCCCAAGCCCCUCCUCGGCACCUUCAACAGCCAGACAGUCGUGGUUGCUAAGCCGCGGCUAAAGCAGGGGCAGAGGCAGCCGACGAUGUUUGACAACUGCAUGCAGCUGAGUCACCGUUACAGGGUGCGGUGGAUGCUGGAUGAGGCGAGAGGGUUCGUUGACGUGGGGUUGGAAGCGGUUGUGGGGAGUGGGCCGCAUUACCUAGGGUUUGGAUGGGCGGAUCCCGACAGUGUGACCAAGUUCAUGGGGUUUGCUGACGUGGUGAUUGCGGGAUUUGAUGAAGUGAGUGUGGCCAAGUUUAUGGGAUUUGCUGACGUGGUGAUUGCGGGAUUUGAUGAAGUGUACCCCUUCCCAACCCCCUUUCCCCUCACCCAAUUUCUUCACCAGGCAAAACCGUUUGUGGAAGAUUACUAUAUCACAUCAUACGGGGAAUGCAAUCUCGAGAAAAAACCACCAGAGGGCGUGUGUCCGGACCAGCUUAUGGGCGGUGGCAACUCGUCUCUCGACAACGUGGAUCUGAUCUACGGGCACCGCGUGGACGGCAUCACUUUCGUCCGCUUCCGCCGCCCGCUCGUGAGCCCGGACAAAAGAUUUGAUCACGAUAUCGACGCAGAGGACGAGAUGAACGUGAUCUGGGCCCUUGGAUCCUUAAAGCCCAUCCCAUCCCCCUCCUCUUCCUCCUCCUCUUCCUCCUCCUCCUCCACCUCUAAUCCGUCGGUGGUAGGUGGGGUGGCAGGGGCGGCACGAACCCCCCCCGCCCACCUCUUUCCGUCCUACCAUGGGGUUCCCCAGGGGUCGUUUUUCGGGGUGGCGGUGUUGACUCUAAGCCUUGCAGUAGACGACUGUCAGAGUGUGUUGAACCCUGCAGUUGAUCCUGUGGGCGGGCGGUUUAACAAGUCGGAGAUUAUAUUCGCGGGCGGCGAGGAGGCGCAUGGCGUGCCGGCGGAUCCGUACACCCUGCUGUGGAAGCCCACUAGCUCUACCCCAGACCUCGUUUACUACCAGUGCUACUCAGAGCCCAAGAUGGGGUGGCGAAUCCACGUGGUGGAUGGGGGUCUAUCAGACAUGUACAACCACAGCUUCCAGCUCGCAGACGGGCUCGUCACCAUGUUCUGGACCCUCACUGCCUCAUCUAUAUCUGUUGCGGUUAGGGGCGAGCACCCCUCGGGUUACAUCGCCAUCGCCUUUGGGAGUGGAAUGGUGAACUCGUGGGCGUAUGUGGGGUGGGUGGAGGGCGGCGAGGGACGGGUGGCAUCUUAUUGGAUAGAUGGCAAGGACGCCAGUAGCGUGCAUGCUGCUAAGGAGGCCCUUGAUAUGACCAAGUGCAUGCAGGUGGAUGGGGUGCUGACCUUCGAGUUCAGCCGGCCAUUGAAGCCACCCGAUUCGGACUGUGACGACAAGUGCAGCGUCAUUGACCCCUCAGAACCCCUCAAAGUCAUCUGGGCGUACGGGCCGUCCUGGACCUCAGGCAAGCUGUCCUACAUGAACAUGCACACGGUGUGGAGCACCACCGUCACCAUCCUGGACUUGGAAACCGGCGAGGGCACGGUGGAGCAUCUGCAGCCGGUGUUUGUGGUGCAUGGCUUCAUGAUGACCAUGGCGUGGGCCGUGCUCAUGCCCUUUGGAGUGCUGGCGGCGAGAUACCUCAAGCACAACGACUGGCUCUCCAUCCACCAGUACACGCAGUAUAGCGCCCUCGCGCUCAUGCUGCUCGGUCUGCUCUUCGCCGUCGGUGAACUUGGCGGGAUCGACCUAACAUCCAAUCAUGCCAAGAUAGGAAUGGCAACGUUCGCCCUGGGGUGCUUCCAGCCAAUCAAUGCCUUCUUCCGCCCGCCCAAGCCGUCGCCUGGGGAGAGGCCCCAGAUGAAACGAGUCAUCUGGCAGUGGGUACACAUUCUUUUCGGUCGGGGAGCCCUGCUGGUGGGGGGAGUGGCGCUGCUGACGGGGAUAAUGGAGCUGGGGGAGACGGGCGGAGACGACUACACGGUGGACGGGUUCCUGUGGGCCAUGGUGGGGUGGUUCGCCACCAUCGCUGCCUUUGUGUGGUUCGUUGAACGGACCAGACGGCAGGACCAUGCCACACCACAGGAGUUGGCCAACAUGAUUCGGCACGACUGGAACGGGUCGUCUCCAGCAUCACCAGACAUGCACGUGACCCAACUAGACAGUGAGGACAGCGAAGACGACACGCGCACCCUCAUCCCCUCCACCCUCCGCUCCUCCUCUUCUUCCUCCACCGCUGCCGCACCUUCCCAUGCAUUCAAUUCUCCUCAUACUGCCCGGCACGGACCGUCCGGCUCUCCUGCCCGGGGUAAUUCUUCUGGUUCACCUGCCCGGCUGGGCCCUACUGCUUCUUCACCUGCCCGAAUGGCGAAUUCUGGGUCGCCUGCUCAUGGCCUGCCUGUGAUUCGGGAGGGUCGGGAGGAUUCGCUUCAAGUUCGCCAGACCGCGACAAUCCGAAGGACAGCAGUCGGUUCGGCUCGAGCCUCGGCGGUAACCAGUGCUGAUGUGGAGGAAUGGAGCAAGGCGGCGCGGCUGGUCCGGCAAGAGCAGCUGGAAGGCCAAGCUCUGGACGCUCUUCGGAAGACCAUCGAUUCCUUCGAGCGGCCCACGUUCCCGUGCGCGCUUAUCGCUGGCGACGUGGUGAUCCUCCACCUGCUGCACCGGCUCGGCGCGCUGGGCGACAAUCCCAAGGUGAAGGUGGUGUUCAUCGACACCUUCCACCUCUUCCCCGAGACGUACCAGUUCCUCAAGGACUGCGAGGAGCGGUUUGGGUUCAAGGCGGAGGUGUUUCAAGCGGCGGGGCUCAACUCAAAGGAGGACUAUGUCAAGAAGCACGGCUCGGACCUCUUCAUUCGGGACAUAGACGAGUACGACCAGAUCUGCAAGGUGGAGCCGUUCAGCCGCGCGCUGACGACGCUCAACGUGGAUGCCAUGAUCAACGGCCGCCGCAGAGACCACGGCGCUGAGCGGGCGCACUUGGAGCUAUUUGAAGACGGCACACCAGUAAAGGUGCAGCCCCUCGCGUACUGGGAGUUCAGGGAUUGCUUUGACUACCUGGAGAGGCACGGGGUGCCAGCCCACCCUCUUCACGCCGAUGGUUUCCCCUCCAUUGGCGACAUCCAGACCACCCUGCCUGUUCCCCGUGCCAAGUGGUUUGAGUACGGUGGAGAGCGGUCAGGGCGGUUCCAGGGGCUGAAGAACAGAGACGGGUCGGACAAGACAGAGUGUGGCAUUCACGUGGAGGAUGCAGUUGCCUCCUCCCUCUCCUCCUCCCUCACUCCGCCUUCCUCCUCCCUCACACCACCUUCCUCCUCCCUCACACCACCUUCGUCGUCACUCACUCCCCCCUCUUCCUCCCUCACACCUCCAUGA